AUGCUCCAUCGUAGUGUCGUCCGUGUCGCCGGCGUCUUCCGCUCGACGCCGUCGCCUCUCGCACGUCCCGCGGCGUCCAAGCGCGUGGCCAACAGCAGUACGCGCUGUCGGCCCCUCGCCUCUCCGUCGACAUCACUCUUGCUCCACCAAUGGACAGUUGUCGCGGCUACGGCCGUGAGCACGAGUGCGUCGUUUGCCUAUUGCUCGACUUGUCGUCCGUCCGCGUCUGGAAGCAAUAGCGUUCCGACCGCGAGAGUGCCCAAAGUGGUGCUGUAUCAGUACGAACCGUGUCCCUAUUGCUGCAAGGUGAAGGCUGUACUGGACUAUCUCAAGCUCCCGUACGACGUGGUGGAAGUCAAUCCACUGACGAAGAAAGAGACCAAAGCGGUGACCGACUAUGCCAAGGUACCAGUUGUCUGCAUUGACAAUGAAGUAAUUGUCGACUCGUCUGCGAUUAUCUCGCGGCUGUGGGACCUCGUCGAGUCGACGAAGAGCUCGGGGGAGCUCGAGGACAAAGGGAUGCAGAAGCAGCAGCCGCAGGACGACGAGGACCAGUGGUGCCAAUGGGUCGACCACACGCUCAUUCUCUUGACGCCGCCGAAUAUUUACCGUACCGUACCAGAAGCGCUGCAGGCUUUUGACUAUUGCUUGACAGCAGGGAAGUUUACGCCCAUGGAACGCCACUUGUCCAAGUAUGUCGGGGCCAUGGUGAUGUACGUCAUUGCCAAGCGGGCGAAGAAAAAAUACGGUAUCGACGACGAGCGGCUAGCGCUCUAUUCGGCGCUGAAUAGCUGGGUGGACGCUAUUGGCGACAAGCGCCUCUUUCUUGGAGGGGAGGAACCGAACAAGGCAGACCUCUCAGUCUUUGGUGUCCUCCGAGCUAUGCACGGUCUGGACGCAUACAAUGACGUGAUGCGUGAGACAAGCAUUGGGCCGUGGUAUCGUCGUAUGACGGCCAAGGUCGGCUCCAGCUCACGCGCCGCUAGCAACUAG